UGCGAUAGCGUGGCGCAUUUCCGCACUUGCAAUGAAUAAUCAGGACCGUGGAAUAAUCUAUGGUGGCUUAAAUCAUUGAUGCAGCACUGGUGUAGCUAGCCUCAAUUCUUUUUGAUGUUUAUGGAUCGUGGUCGGCAUGGCACUCUCAACAAAGGAUAUAUCGUCCCUUCUGGGGCUCCUUUCUGAAGACACAACUGAGCAGCAGUCAGUGGAAGUCUUGGCAUCACAAUGCUGCUCAACAUUUUCAAAGCAAGACCACUUCAAAGUUGGAAAUGCACUUGUUUUCCUGCUGCUGCAGCCAGAUAUGCUGCCACUACCCCAGCAGAGAAUAGUUGCCACAGCCAUUCUGUAUUUUCUGUACAAAAAUGAACCUCUGAAGAGAAACCCCUUUGCAAAUGUUUUUCUUCAUAUCAUGCAGCACACGGAGUUGUCGAAGGCGCCGGGCAAGCCGGCUGAUCCGGCCACGCAAUUCACCAAGUUCACGCCCGGGGAGAAGUACUUUGUGCGCCAGCUCAUCACAAACCCAAACAAAGAGCUGUUCAAGAAGACGGCCAGCCAGCUGCUGCAGUCGGACUUGACGGCGACGCACGCGGCCGCCGACGCCAGCCUGGCCGAGCUGGAGGCGGUGGUGCGCGAGCGGCUGGCCGACGUGCCGGCGGCGGCGCGCGCCGGCGUCACCGUGGUGGUGCCCGACCCCGACCUGCGACCCGACGCCUCCGGGGCGUACUCCGAACAGAACGUGACCCGACGCACGGCGGAGGGCGUGCUGGGCGGACCGACGCCGUACGCCCAGCAGUGCGUGUCGCCCGAGUUCCUGCGACUGCCGCCGCCGCUGCACAACUGCCAGGAUGAGAUGGUGUACAUGGUGCCUAGCGAGCCGCACGAGCACCAGGUGGCGUACGACCCGAGCCUGCUGACGGCGCCGGCCGGCGUGGGCGAGGCGCGCCAGCUGAUGGCACUGGCCGUGCACGGCCCGCUGACGCUGCAGCAGCAGAACCAGCUCAUCAGCCAGCUGAAGCGCGACCUCAAGACCGUCUACCAGGUCGGCGUCACGCCGGCCAAGCUUCCAGACCUUGUGGAGCACAACCCCAUCAUCGCCAUUGAAGUGCUGCUCCAGCUGAUGGACUCGCCGCAGAUCACCGACUACUUCAACGUGCUGGUCAACAUGGAGAUGUCGCUGCACAGUAUGGAGGUGGUCAACAGGCUGACCACGGCCGUUGAGCUGCCGGCCGAGUUCGUGCACCUCUACAUCACCAACUGCAUCGCCACCUGCGAGGCCAUCAAGGACCGCUACAUGCAGAACCGGCUUGUGCGGCUCGUCUGCGUCUUCCUGCAGUCUCUCAUCAGGAACAAGAUCAUCAACGUGCAUACGAUCCUGAUCGAGGUGCAGGCGUUCUGCAUCGACUUCAACCGGAUCCGGGAGGCGGCCGCCCUGUUCCGACUCCUGAAGCAGCUCGACUCGAACGAGCACGUCAGUCAGCUGCCGCCGGGGCAGCGGACCUAGGGGAGUCGCUGGCUUCAGCCGACCGGCCCCCGCCGCUGAGCUGGACCACCGCGCGCGUCGGGCACGCGGCCGC